AUGCGCUCUCUGUUAUUCCUCUUCGCUUCCUUCGUCUCCUACAAAUCCGCCCUCUCCAGGCUACAUUCCCUUCCAGAAGAUACCCAUGCCUUCCCAAAGUUCUCCGUCACCUUCCUCAACGGUCUCCCCGUCCUCAACGAGACCGCAGAACACUGGCUGAAGCACGGCCUUCGUGGUGGUGAACAAGAGUUCCUCGACCAGCCUUGGAACCCAGCGCCUCACCAAACACCUGUCCAUCCCAAGGAAAUUGGUUCGGGUGACACGUCGUCUGACACGCCAGCACCAAUCCAUGAUCCAGCAGCCCAAGCAUCGAAUUUUACUCUAGAACACAUGCGCAUGGGUCCCAAGGACUCGUAUCUAUGCUUAAUUCCCAAACCAUCCGAACCUCCAUCAUCCCCCCAACAGGAGGAGCCCGAAACUGAUUCAACUCCUGCCAGAAGUUGGUCACUCCUACAGCCGCUUUCCGGAACUUGCCUUUACCACCGUCAAGGCUGGUUCACAUACUCGUAUUGUCACAAUAGAGAGAUACGACAGUUCAAAGAGCUAGCGCAACCUCAGUCCCGAUUGCCAGGUACUUACAGACCUGAAGAAGAUCCAGAUUGGGAAUCAUAUACCCUCGGCCGCGCCCCUAGGUCUUCUGAAGAACCAGGAGCCGAUUUGACUGUCGCUGAGCGGAAUGCCCAAGCUGCCAAUCUUGAGCUCGCGCGAAACGCUGGCUCUCGCUACCUUGUGCAGCGUUGGGGCGACGGAUCGAUCUGUGACAAGACCGGGAAACCCCGCGAGGUCGAAGUGCAGUUCCACUGUUCCAUGGUCAUGACCGAUCACAUUCUCUUCGUCAAGGAAACGAAGACAUGCUCGUCGCGUCGUGACACGGCGGAGGAGGGUAUCAUCCGCUGCCGGGAAGUCGUCUCUUCUGCGUCCCAAGCGCAGUCUGCUUGGCCUCGACUGCCCGCUGGCGACACUCCCAUGAAAUUCCCGAGACGGAAGGCCGUUCUUCCUUCUCCUGCAUCUGGCAUGGCCAGCGGGUCUUCCUCUGAUUCUACUGGGCAGCAAGACAAACCCAAAGCUGGUCAUGGGAUGUCCGCUGACUCGGAUGACGAUUCUGAGACAGGAGAGAAAACCAAGGAACAGCUCUACAGCGAACUUGUUGAGAAAACACUGGAACUGCUCAUGGGCGAGGAGGGUGUGGACGCGAUCACCGGUUCGAAACGGCAGGGCGUGAACGCUCGCGUGGAGGAUGGCGAGGUUAUUGUCGAAUAUAUCGAGGAAGGAGACGACGACGGAUCCGAUGUCUCCAAUUGGGUCGUCGAGGCGCUCAAGGCCGCUGGUUAUGAAACUACAGGCGAAGUCCUCAACAAGAAGAAAAAGGGGGACAACGACAAUGACAAAGAAUCUUCCUCAUCCUCGAAGAAGGGCAAGAAUUCGAAAGACUCCAAAUCUAGAAAAGGUGGCCCAAGGUGGUUUGGCGGUCGCUUCGAAUUGUGA